ACGAUGGGCGGGGCCAGCCCUCGGUCUGGGCAGCGCUCUCCCGGGAGCGGCGGCACGCGCGGAGCGCCGGGUGCGGCCAUGCGGGGCCCGGGCCCGACCCCGAGCCCGAGCCCGAGCCCGAGUCGGAGCCCGAGCGAGACCCCGAACCCGAGCCCAAGCGCGACCCCCGGCGCGGCGCGGCUACCCCGGCGGAGGCGGCGGGCGCGGGGCGCGCUCUGAGGCCCGGGGGAUGCGCCGCCGCCUCGACCAUGGGCGCCGCCGCCUCCAGGAGGAGGGCGCUGAGGAGCGAGGCCAUGUCCUCGGUGGCGGCCAAAGUGCGAGCAGCUCGAGCGUUUGGAGAGUACCUGUCCCAGAGUCACCCUGAGAACCGCAACGGCGCAGAUCACCUGCUGGCUGAUGCCUACUCUGGCCACGACGGAUCCCCCGAGAUGCAGCCGGCCCCCCAGAACAAGCGCCGCCUGUCCCUCGUCUCCAACGGCUGCUACGAGGGCAGCCUCUCAGAGGAGCCCGGCAUUAGGAAGCCCGCAGGCGAGGGCCCCCAGCCUCGAGUGUACACCAUCUCUGGGGAGCCUGCCCUGCUGCCCAGCCCCGAGGCGGAGGCCAUUGAGCUGGCGGUGGUGAAGGGGCGGCGGCAGCGGCACCCUCACCACCACAGCCAGCCCCUGCGCGCCAGCCCUGGCGGCAGCCGGGAGGACGUCAGCAGGCCCUGCCAGAGCUGGGCGGGCAGCCGCCAGGGCUCCAAGGAAUGCCCCGGAUGUGCCCAGCUGGCUCCUGGCGCCACCCCUCGGGCCUUUGGGCUGGACCAGCCACCUCUGCCUGAGACCUCUGGCCGCCGCAAGAAGCUGGAGAGGAUGUACAGUGUUGACCGUGUGUCUGACCGUGCUUUCAAAGGAAUGUUCCUCAAACUUUGGGUGGCCAAAGGGAAAGUUAAGCCAAAAAAAAUCAAAGCAUCAUGUCACCAAGAGCGUGGUCUUGACGACAUCCCCAUUCGUACCUGGUUCCCCAAGGAAAACCUUUUCAGCUUCCAGACAGCAACCACAACUAUGCAAGCGGUGUUCAGGGGCUACGCGGAGAGGAAGCGCCGGAAACGGGAGAAUGAUUCCGCGUCUGUAAUCCAGAGGAACUUCCGCAAACACCUGCGCAUGGUCGGCAGCCGGAGGGUGAAGGCCCAGAGUAAGGCCCCGUGGGGCAGGGGUGGGGGGCCGGCGUUGCGCUUGGCUGGUUGGGGCUUUGCGUGCUGCUAGCUGUGCUAAGAACGACCCCCCUGC